CCGGAACGGCAACACUGUUCUGUAACGAAAACAAAAAAGUACCACAGUUGAUAACGUUGUCAACAAAGCGAGUGAAAAAAGUUAUUUGUAGUGAAAUUUUACGAAAAAAAAGGUUCCCAACAACAUCCACCCGAUGGACAACGAGGAUGAACCAGUUGAGGAUCGGUCGGCUGAAGUUCCGAUUCAAUCGCCGAGCUCACCACAUCCACCAGAGCGGGAUGAGGGACACAGUCAGCGAUUGAGCCGAAUGCGAUUCGUGCAAGUUUUAGUAGAAGACGAAGAGGAGGGACAGGACGAUGGUCCAAUUGUUGAAGAACCUUCGGUGGUGUUCGAUCUGGAACCGAACCACCAGGAAGCGAUGGAUGAUGACAACGUAAGUAGCAGUAGCAGCAGUAAUGAACGAUCCACCAACUCGUCUGAAAACGGACUGGAUGAUUCGGAUGCCGAUCGAUUGUUUGAUGAUUACAUUUACAACCGAGAGCAGCAGCAGCUUACUGCGGCGGAAAUAUACAACACCGAACUGCCAACAGAGCAUGCCUACCUUGGCAAGCUGGAACGGGUCGAAGGGGUUGAUUACUUGGAACCGGGAAAGGUCUAUCGUCUGCCGAUCUGUAGUCACCACUCAAUUGUGUUCCCCGGUGAAAUUGUUCCAAUGAUUCUAAACGUAGCCACCCUGAACUGUGACGAUCCGUCUGAUGGAGUUAAAUUUGGCUUGGUGUUCCGAACCACGUUCCCCGAUAAUUUCUUCUACGGAGUAACCUGUCAGGUAUUCGAGCGAGGUGAUCACGAUGCAAACGGAUCGAUUGUAGUCAAAACGAUCGCCCUGCAGCGAUUUCACACGGUCCGUCAUCUGCCCGGGAGAAGGGCUGAUGUUCUCAUUCUGCCCGAAAUUCUACUGCCUGAUCCGCUGCUUAGUAGCUGUUCCAAUCUGAUGAAACGUCACGCGGUUAGCAACAAAAAGGAGUAUUCGCAUCGAUUCAAGUCAUUUCUGUCUCAUGCAAUGGUAUGGCCAAAAUUCGUCUACGAUCAAUACGGAACGGAGGAGGUGCUGUCCAAGGUUGAUCGGUAUCUCGCAUUUCUGAAGAUUACUAGUGUUCCUAGCGAUCCGGUGAAGUUGUCAUUUUGGCUGGCAAGAAAUGUCCCCAUCGAUGAGCGAGAUCGAAAACUGAUCUACCAGGCGGACGCAGUCAUCAGUCGCAUGCUGGUGAUCAACAAGUCGUUAGAUCACAGAUUCCAGAUGUGCUAUUUUAUAUGCAAACGUUGCGAACAUGAGAUUGCAAGCUAUAACGAUAUCUUUGCUAUGAGCAAACAGGGCGUCCAAACGAGCUACUGUAAUCCGUCUGGGUACGUGCACGAGACGUUGACGAUUUACAAGACAAAGGAUAAUUCCACAUUCACCGUGGACCGCCCGUCGACAGAAUUCAGCUGGUUUCCGGGCUACUCGUGGCAGAUUACGCUUUGCGCCAACUGCCGACAGCAUUUGGGCUGGAAGUUUGUGGCCACGAAAAAAAACUAUCUACCGGCAAGUUUCUACGGUUUGUCCGGUAAUAGUAUAAAGGUGAAGUCGGUCGGGGAAACUGCAGCGGGAGCUGCCUCUGAUGGGAACGAAAGCGACGGACAAAGCCAGGGCAGGCCUCGGCGGGUUUCGGGAGAGCACAGCUCCGAUUCGGAAAAUGGCUUCGGCGUGGUGUAUGAAGUGAUCGACAUGGAUGUGGUGGAAGAAGGACGUGAAAUUUUGGCCAAUGCUGCUGAGCCCCCGAUUGAGCUGGGGGAGAUGGCAGAUGCUGAGGAGGAAGAGGACGAUGCGGAUCGAUUUCAGGAUGCGAGAGAAUAAUUAUUUCGGCAGUUUCCUUUUCUACAUAAAACAAAUAGAGCUUAGUUCUGUUCUUGUUCGAAAGACUGCAGCGGUCUUGUCCUACUCACUACUACGCAAUAAACGUGUCGUAUCGAUUGUGUUUGAAUAAAUGUCAUACUAAAUGCAUAAA